AUGACUAAGUCGAACGAAAAGAAAAGAGCUGGCAGUGGAUAUUCUGAUAAGAGAUCUAAUAAGAAACCAGCACAGGACAACCUACGCAGUACCGAUGAACGAAAUCAUUCAUCUCGUCGACAAGAAUCAAAUCAAAACACCGCAGAAACAAAUAGAACUGAAAUACCCCUCGAUAGUGAUAGUGAAUCUGCUACCCCACUGUCGGUCGAUAUGGCAGCUGAAGUUAGUGAGGAUAAAGCCCUAUUAAAGAAAACUCGAGGUAGACAAAAAAUUGAUAUAAAAUUUAUUCAAGAUAAAAAUAAAAGAUUUACAACAUUCAGUAAGAGGAAAGGUGGUAUCAUGAAAAAGGCUUUCGAAUUGUGUACUCUCACUGGAACUGAAAUAAUGGUAUUGGUAGCGUCCGAAACUGGUCACGUAUAUACUUUUGCAACUCCUAGAUUACAGCCUAUUGUGACCACUGAAGCUGGUAAAAAUUUGAUUCAGACGUGUCUUCAGUCUGAAUGCGUCCUUGAUCCUAGUAUGGCACAGCGUAUGAACCAAGACGGAUUCCAAGAACCUGAUAUAAAUUUCGAACUCGGAGAAAGGAACUUGCAAUUUACCGCAGGUCUGGCCUCGAAUAUUUACCAAGAUUCCGGACAAAGGAAUCAUUCAAAUGCAAAUCAAGAAUUCUGUCGUACAUUGUAUCCCCGCGAAUUUAGACCGAAUAUAUUAACUUCAAAUUCUUAUAAUAUUGUUAACCGUGGCCCUUCGGGAUCAGGUACACAACAAGGCAGUUCCAAAGAAUGGGAAGAGCAACAACUAUCUUAUAGACAUGUGCGACAAGAUCCUGCUGAAGGCAGAACAUGCUCGCAAUCUGGAACAUCAGCAUCACAAAUGCCAACUGUAACUACUAUCUCUACUGGAAAUCGUUCUACUACAGCUAGAGACCUACGAUACAAUCAAACACACUUAAUUCCGCGAGAAAACGAAGAGGCCGGUUAUUGGGUAGCAAAUAAUCCACCUCAUGCAGCUACGGAAAAUGAAAACAGCAACGAAAAAAACGCGUCGUGA